UCUAGUGGCCCGGCCGUAGUAGUGACUCACUCGAGGAGAUUGCCCUGCCGCUCAGCUCAGCUCAGCUCGGCCCCUCCCCUCCCACUUGCUCUCCGUUGCCUUCCUUCUCCCCCAUCUCCUUCUUGUCUCCAUAAGAGCACCCACCAACUCCACCACCGCCACUCUGUUCCUGCAAGCAUGCCGAUGCCACCGCCCGCCCGUUCACCACUCCUCUGAGCCCCAUCGACGCCUUGCACGCCCCCCACCAUGGGCUCCUUCCUCCCCCUCCUGCUCCCCCUCCUCCUCCUCGCCAAUGCCGCCCUCCUGGCUCGGGCGCUCAACCAGGACGGCCUCCACCUGCUCGACGCCAAGCGCGCGCUAACCGUCCCCGCGGCCUCUCUCGCCGACUGGAACCCCCGCGACGCCACGCCCUGCAACUGGACCGGCGUUUCCUGCCACGACGGCGACGGCGCCGUCAUCGGGAUCUCCCUCCCGGGCGUCAACCUCGCCGGCUCCUUCCCCGCCGCGCUCUGCCGCCUCCCGCGCCUGCGCUCCGUCAACCUCUACAUGAACUACAUCGGCCCCGACCUCGCCUCCGCCGCCGUCGCCCGGUGCAAGGCGCUCGAGCGCCUCGACCUCUCCAUGAACGCGCUCGUCGGCCGGCUCCCUGACGCGCUCGCCGAUCUCCCGGAGCUCGUCUACCUCAACCUCGGGAGCAACAACUUCUCCGGCUCCAUCCCGGAGUCCUUUGGGCGCUUCAAGAAGCUCGAGUCGCUUUCCCUCGUCUACAACCUGCUCGGCGGCGAGGUCCCGGCGUUUCUUGGCGGCGUCGCCACGCUCCGGGAGCUCAACCUCUCCUACAACCCCUUCGCGCCGGGCCCCGUGCCGGCCGAGCUCGGCGACCUGUCCGCGCUUCGCGUGCUCUGGCUCGCCGGCUGCAGCCUCAUCGGCUCCAUCCCGCCCUCCCUCGGCCGACUCGGCAACCUCACAGACCUCGACUUGUCCACCAACGCGCUCACCGGCCCCAUACCGCCGGAGAUUACGGGGCUCACCAGCGCCCUUCAAAUCGAGUUGUACAACAACUCGCUCUCAGGGCCGCUUCCCAAGGGGUUCGGCAAGCUCCGCGAGCUCAGGAGCAUCGAUUUCUCUAUGAACCGGCUCGACGGCGCCAUCCCCGAGGACCUUUUCGACGCACCCAAGCUGGAGAGCGUGCACCUGUAUGCCAACUCGCUCACAGGGCCCGUGCCGGAGUCGGUGGCGAAGGCGCCGUCGCUCGUCGAGCUGCGGCUGUUCGCCAACAGGCUGAACGGCACGCUGCCUGCCGACCUCGGCAAGAACACGCCGCUGGUGUGCGUGGACCUGUCUGACAACUCCAUCUCGGGCGAGAUCCCACCGGGGAUAUGCGACCGCGGUGAGCUGGAGGAGCUGCUCAUGCUCGACAAUAUGCUGUCCGGGCGCAUCCCCGAGGCGCUCGGUCGGUGCCGGAGGCUGCGGCGGGUGCGGCUGUCGAACAACAGGCUCCAAGGUGACGUGCCCGAUGCAGUCUGGGGCCUGCCGCACAUGUCACUGCUCGAGCUCAAUGACAACCAGCUCACCGGAGAGAUCUCCCCAGUCAUUGCCGGCGCAGCAAACCUGUCCAAGCUUGUGCUGUCCAACAACCGGCUGACCGGGAGCAUCCCAUCGGAAAUUGGAUCGGUCUCGAAGCUGUACGAGCUAUCGGCCGACGGCAACGUGCUGUCUGGCCCGCUCCCGGCCUCCCUUGGCGGCCUGGCAGAGCUCGGCCGGCUUGUUCUCCAGAACAAUUCCCUGUCCGGCCAGUUGCUUCGGGGAGUCGAAUCUUGGAAGAAGCUUAGUGAGCUCAACCUCGCGGACAAUGGCUUCACUGGCUCCAUACCACCGGAACUCGGUGAUCUGCCGGUGCUCAACUACCUUGACCUCUCCGGCAACGAACUCACCGGCGAGGUACCAAUGCAAUUGGAGAACCUGAAGCUGAACCAGUUCAAUGUCUCCAACAACAAGCUCAGCGGCCCGCUACCCCCGCAGUAUGCCACAGAGGCGUACCGCAGCAGCUUCUUGGGCAACCCAGAGCUGUGCGGAGAAAUUGCCGGUUUAUGUGUCAAUUCUAAGGGAAGGUCAAAGUACCACUCCGGCUUUGCCUGGAUGAUGCGCUCGAUAUUCAUAUUUGCGGCUGUCGUUUUGGUUGCUGGAGUUGCGUGGUUCUACUGGCGGUACCGAAGCUUCAAGAUAUCAAAGCUGAGUGCCGACCGCUCAAAAUGGACAUUAACAUCAUUCCACAAGCUCUCAUUUAGUGAGUAUGAGAUCCUGGAUUGCCUUGACGAGGACAAUGUCGUUGGCAGUGGUGCAUCUGGGAAGGUGUACAAGGCAGUGCUCAGCAAUGGUGAGGUGGUUGCGGUCAAGAAGCUGUGGCAUGGGGCGAUAAAGAAGGAUACCGAGAACGGUGGCGAGGGCUCUUCUGCCGAUGACAGCUUUGAGGCUGAGGUGAAGACACUCGGCAAGAUUCGGCACAAGAACAUUGUCAAGCUCUGGUGCUGCUGCAUACACAAGGACUGCAAGCUGCUGGUAUAUGAGUACAUGCCCAAUGGUAGCCUGGGGGAUGUGCUGCACAGCAGCAAGGCUGGCCUGUUGGAUUGGCCAACGCGGUACAAGAUUGCGCUGGAUGCAGCAGAGGGGCUAUCCUAUCUUCACCAUGACUGUGUCCCGUCCAUCGUCCACAGGGAUGUCAAGUCGAAUAACAUCCUCUUGGAUGCAGAAUUUGGCGCCCGUGUUGCGGAUUUCGGGGUCGCCAAGGUGGUGGAGGCGACCGGCUGUGCCCCCAAGUCCAUGUCAGUCAUCGCUGGCUCGUGCGGUUACAUUGCACCUGAGUAUGCAUACACACUGCGCGUCAACGAGAAGAGCGACACAUAUAGCUUCGGAGUGGUCCUCCUCGAGCUGGUGACCGGGAAACCACCGGUGGAUCCCGAGUUUGGCGAGAAGGACUUGGUGAAGUGGGUGUGCAGCACAAUUGAUCAGAAGGGGGUAGAGCACGUCCUCGACAGCAGGCUCGACAUGACCUUCAAGGAAGAGAUCACCAGGGUCCUGAACAUCGGCCUCCUCUGCGCAAGCUCUCUGCCAAUUAACCGCCCUGCGAUGCGGAGGGUGGUGAAGAUGCUGCAAGAAGUGUGCGGUGCCGGUGAGGCCAGGCCGCGUCUUGACAAGGGUGGCAAGCUGUCUCUGUACUAUGACGAGGACACCUCCGAUCAAGGGAGUAGCGUCUAAGGCAAUGACAGUCUAAAGAAGAGAUAAUGACGGUUGAGCUCUAGGUACAAGGGUUCCUUUCCUUUCAUGGCCAUUGAAAGAGUUGAAGCUAGAGUGCGUGCUGAUUUUAACCGCAAAACUGCUCGCUACCGACCCUUCGGACAAUAGGGUAACCUGUGCUUUUCAGUCCGGCAAUGGAGGGGGCGGCAGGUGGGCAGUAGGAUAUGGUGGUGGUGUUCUUGGUUCUUUCUAGUUGCUGUGUUUGUGGGGCGUCUCAUCUCGUGCAUUGGUUCCGGUAGAUCGGAUAGCUCGCCUGGUCUGGUACUCUUGAGAAAGUGUUUGUGAACGGAAUCAAAUGUAGGUGUGUGCAAUUAGUACUCUGCUUUCUCUUGAACAACUAGACAACUAGUACUGGUGUAUUAUUCCAUCAACCUCAUGGGCGCCCAUGGGUGGUUGUAUCGACUAUCUAAUGCUACUUAAGUCGCUUCAGAGAUGAAAUGGAACCCACAGGUUGCUGAAUC